UCGUUCGUGCCGUGAUAGCGUCGUUUCUUCCACCGUUUGCUAUCGACACGCGUUGUACUCUGCUCGUACAAGUUUCACGGGAUCUUCGAUUCCGCUUAAGUCCGUUAAAAUGGUGAAGAUGGAGCAUGAUGAUGGUAAAAAUGAGCCAGAACAUGUUAGAAAACUGUUUAUCGGUGGCUUGGAUUAUAGAACAACAGAUGAUUCACUUAAGAAGCAUUUUGAACAAUGGGGUGAGAUUGUAGAUGUGGUGGUUAUGAAAGAUCCCAAAACCAAGCGUUCAAGAGGUUUCGGUUUCAUCACUUAUUCCCGUGCUCAUAUGGUAGAUGAUGCUCAGAAUGCUAGGCCUCACAGAGUAGAUGGUAGAGUAGUUGAGCCCAAGAGAGCAGUCCCUAGGCAAGAAAUAGGUCGGCCAGAAGCAGGGGCUACUGUAAAGAAACUUUUCGUUGGUGGUUUAAAGGAUGACCAUGAGGAAGAAGAUCUCAGACAGUAUUUCCAAAGUUAUGGUAGCAUAAAUUCGAUCAGCAUAGUGACUGAUAAGGAGACUGGCAAGAAACGCGGCUUCGGUUUCGUCGAAUUUGAUGACUAUGAUCCUGUCGACAAGAUCUGUCUACAGCGUAAUCAUCAGAUUCGCGGCAAACACGUUGAUGUCAAAAAGGCUCUGAGCAGAGCAGAAAUGGCAUCUGCUUCUGGAGGCGGUGGUGGUGGUGGUGGUGGUGGUGGCGGCAGCCGCAGUGGCCAAGGUGUAGGCAGAGGACCCCGUGGUAGUAAUCAAGGCGGUGGUAGCUGGGGAGGACGCGGCAGCGGUGGCGGUGGUGGUGACUGGAACAAUGGCAGUAAUCAGGGUGGAUAUGGUGGAGGUAAUCAAGGAGGUUGGGGGGGUAAUGGACCUUGGGAGAAUCAGAAUCAAGGAGGUGGAUGGAAUCAAGGCGGACAGGGUGGCUACAACAGUGGCGGUAAUUGGAGCAAUGAUAACUUUGGUGGCGGUUAUCAACAGGGUUACGGCGGUGGCCCAGUGCGCAAUAAUUUCAAUUCGGGUGGUAGACCGGCACCAUAUGGCAUUAAUUCGGGCCCUAGUGGACGUCAAUCUGGAGACUCCAGAUGGUUACCACCCUUCAGUGGACAAGGUCCUAUGGGUGGUGGAAAUUCCGGUGGUGGCGGUGGUGGAUAUGGUAACCAAGGUGGUUAUGGAGGUAAUUCUCUCGGAAGUGGAAACAUGGGGGGCGGUGGAGGCGGCGGCAGUGGAAGGAGAUACUAAGAGAACAUUGAGCAUAUCGCUGACCCUUCUCGCUGGUGAAGCUACUACUCCUACUACUACUUGUCUUCUAGUCGUCAGUACUUCUGUACUGUUUAGUAUCGGAGCAGGCAGGC